GUCAUGAGUUCCGGUUUCUGUUUACUCAGCUGGUAAAAGAUCGACGCGUUGUGCUACGUUGUACACUUUAAACGUCGCAUAUAUCGUGUGACCAAAUACGAUGCAGUACAUUAAGCGUUUAUUAGAGUUAUAUGUGGCGUCGCAGGCUCUGUUUGCGUUGUCAUGGUGUUUUUCUGAUCCAGAGCAGGGGCCUGUAGCAGGUUCUCCAUCCAAUGGAGAGCGUUUCAAAAUCGAAGGACGAGCCAUCGUGCCCGGUGUAAAAACACAGGAAUGGAUCUCUACAGCACGAGUCCUGGUGGAAGGGGAGGAAUAUGUUGGCUUUCUGAAGACUGAUGGAAGUUUUGCUGUGAACGAUGUGCCCUCUGGAUCAUAUGUGGUUGAAAUCGUGUCACCAUCUUUCAGAUUUGAAUCUGUCCGUGUAGACAUUACCUCUAAAGGGAAAACGAGGGCACGCUUGGUGAAUUGCAUCAAAACCUCUGAAGUUAUUCGGCAGCCGUAUCCUCUUCAGAUCAGAUCAAAUGGUCCACACAUGUACUUCAUGAAGCGGGAGACAUGGGGGUGGACGGAUUUUCUGAUGAACCCAAUGGUCAUGAUGAUGGUUCUUCCCUUACUAGUCAUCGUCCUGCUCCCGAAGGUGGUAAAUACUAAUGACCCUGAGAUGAGAAAGGAAAUGGAGCAGUCUAUGAAUAUGUUAAACCCUAACCCGGAAUUGCCGGAUGUUUCUGAAUUUAUGACUAAAUUGUUCUCCAAGGGCUCCAGUAAAUCUGUGGGAGGCAACAAAGGUAGCAGGAGUGUUGCACCAAAGAGGAGGUAGUGCUGGAUGUAGUGCUGUGCUCUUAGGGUCUUUUUACCAUUUUCUUUAACACUGUUUAAUGGUGUAUAUAUAUAUAUGUAUAAACACGAAGCGUUUCUUUUUCAACUAAAAUGCUUGACAAAGCAGAACUGUGUUUGCACUGUCCCAUUUUCUUUUGGAUGCAUUGUUGAUAACCAGAUUCUUUUACUCAUAAUGAUACUCUGAAAUCUUCAUCCGGUUAAAAAAUGGAUCCGGUACAUGUGGACUAAAGCAUGAAUUCCUUGUUUUUACUAAAAUAGAACUUGACUUGGAUGUUUUAACUUGAAAAAUAUAAUGAGAGAAUAAGUACAUUAUUGAUCUGUUACCCUGGAUCGGUCGAGAUACCUAUUCCAAAAGGGGAAUGUUGAACAGAUUUCACUGUUGCUGAAGCAUUUAAAUAUUCUGUAAUAUAAUUAACAUAAUGAUGGUAGUCUAUGCUUUUACUGCUGCUGUAUCUAAUAUUCAUCAAACAGAUAUAUGAUUCAUUUUUAGAAUUGAGGUCAAUACAGUUUCACCUCCACGAUGACUUGAUUAAUAGUAAGAAUUAAAUCGCUAAUAAAUUAAAUUUAGCACAUUUUGAAAAUGAGAGAAAUAUAAGUAAACAGGGACUAAAUAUAAAAGGUUGAGAACAUCGAUGUGCUGUUGAUUGGCUUUUUAAAGAAAAACUGUGGGUUGAUGCAAUUGCUGCAAUGUGGCUGCACUGGUAAAUUCAGAUGCAGAUGUUAGUUCUUGUUAUGUAGUUUAAAUUAAUAUAAUGUAGAUUUUGAUGUGUUUAUCAAAUUUGUUGUGUGACUUUUCAAAUUAGCUGCAAGGGUUGAAAAUGGAUGAAAAAUAUAAUGAGGGGCCAUCUUGGCUGUGAUGCCAUAUGUGUUUUAAGUCCAACCCAAGGAGGUGACGUUGACCCCAAUUCUGUUACACAACUACUUGAAACAUAGCUUCUAGAUUGAAAUAUUUACUAUAUCUUGUUGAGUUUGUACAAGACUGUGAAUAAAGAAAUGCAUAAGAUUAAAGCUAUGAAUUAUCUUAUUUAAACUGAAUGAAAAUAAAUUUGUUGUGGGCAAUAUUAACAUCUUGAUUAUUU